UUAUGCAUUUUUUUUAACCAUAUUUACCUUUUUGAUUUCAGCAUUUUCAUCAAAGUUGGGCUAUGAAGAACACAUACCUGGGCAGACUCGAGAUUGGAAUGAAGAAUUGCAGACGACACGAGAACUACCAAAAAAGACUCUGCCUGAGCGAUUGCUAAGAGAACGUGCAAUUUUCAAAGUCCACAGUGAUUUUGUUGCAGCUGCAACUAGGGGAGCAAUGGCUGUGAUUGAUGGGAAUAUCAUGGCUAUUAAUCCUGGAGAGGAGACAAAAAUGCAGAUGUUUAUAUGGAACAACAUUUUCUUUAGUCUGGGCUUCGAUGUUAAGGAUCAUUACAAAGAAGUUGGAGGAGAUUCUGCUGCGUUUGCUGCACCCUGUAAUGAUCUUCAAGGAGUGCGAGCUUACAGUUCUGUAGAUGUAGAUGGAUUGUAUACUCUAGGGACUGUUGUGAUUGAUUAUAGAGGUUAUAGAGUUACUGCCCAGUCAAUUAUACCAGGUAUUUUGGAGAGAGAACAAGAGCAGUCUGUGGUGUAUGGAUCUGUUGAUUUUGGCAAAACUGUUGUUUCUCACGAAAAAUACAUGGAUUUGCUGAACAAAGCUGGACAACAUCUGAAGAUUCUCCCUCACAA